AUGUUUGCCGCAGCUAUUUCUCGACAGAAAGCUGCCUCGAAAUCUUCGAUUGACGAUGACGACGAUAAUAUAUCUCUUACAUCUACACAAGAAAGUGAAUAUUCUUCAGACCAUGAGUUUGCCGUCGAGCGCAUAUUGGCCGAGAAGAAAGAGAAAGGAGGGAAAAGAUAUUUGUUGGAAUGGGCUGACUACCCAAUUGAAAGAGCGGCAUGGGAACCCGAGGACAGCAUUGUGGAUCUAUCCAUGUUGCAAACCUGGAAAACAAGGAAGUCUCGAGAAGCAAGCGGAAUUGAGAAGCCUUUUGAUGUUGAAGGAUAUGAGGCAAAAUUGAAAAAACUCAAACAAGAGAAAGAAGCACGUAUUGCCCGACGGCAAUUCAAAAGAUCUCAACUAGGCAUCGCGAACCGACAUACGGAAGAAGGACAGGAUGAGUCUGACGAGGAGGCUAUUGUGGCGGACCCUGUGCACGCAAUUGCUGAUGGCAAAGCCGCAGUUCCACAUCAGAGGGCUACGCACUCGAACUCCAAUGCUCUUGUUAGUGGACUUGACCCGAAAAUGCCUCAGAUAACCUCGCGUCUUGUAAAGUCUCCCACUAGACAAGAGCGUCUUGCCGCAGUAAGUGGCCCAUCGUCGAAGACCAAUUCAAAUGUGGAGACUUCAACCUCAAAGCGUGCUACUUUCAAUAUACCGAAGGCACCGCCAGUCGCUCCCAGGCCAAAACCAGUAAGAGCGGUCUCGUUGAGCGAACCCGCCCGGUCCAAUGGACAAGUUCCAGCUGGGAGGAGCAAAGGAGCUCCACCAGGAAGUCUAUCAAUUCCCAAGAACCCCAAGAAUGUCUUUGCUAAACGAAGUGUAACAAAAAGACGGCCGACUUUGCUGGAGAAUUCCUCUGAUCCCAGUAAACAAACAAAACAUUUCACAAACAUGCGUGUUGUUCGCAAAGCUGAACUGGCCGGCAGAGAUAGAGACAUAGCCCCUGAUCCAACCGCUAUAGGAGGUUUGUUCAAGCCUGGAGACAACCCAAAACUGCAACCAAUUAAAUCCGCGGACAUUCGAAGACCGCCAGUCAACAUAUAUGACCGCAGAGAUUCUCGGCCUGGAGACGACAAUACAAGUGAUGCUGUUGAUCCCCAAGGCUCGCGUCGUCCUUCUAAUCCCAUAGAUUUGCCUGGAACUGGCAAAAAGAUCUGUUAUUUUUGGAAUCUACAUAAGGGAGCCGAUAUGGCUUGCUCGAAAGGUAUCAACUGCUUUUACCUGCAUGACUAUAUGCCGGGCGCUUCGAUUGCAGAACCGCCGCCUGGUCAUAGUAAAGCUUUAAAGCAGGUUGACGGUCCUUUUGAUUACUCCGCUGAGAGCGAUCUGACAGCGGAUAUAGACCCACAACCUGAAGGCUUAUCGUACAGCCCUAGUGGUGAUGUUGAAGAAAGUUCCAAGCAAUAUACAUCAGAGCCUCUUCCAACUGAUGGAGAGAGGACGAAAGGUACAUUCGCUUUGAUUUGUUGGUACUGGCACAAAGAUGGGAGGUGCAUCAAACACUCGAACUGUGAUUUUCUCCACACCAACGAUAGUCGAUUCCCUCUAUCAAUACCAUCAAAGUACCCAGGGAAUCAACUGCCUCCUAUCGGAUAUGCCCCCAAAACCCACAAAUAUGGCCGAUGCCCAUUUUGGGUAAACAAGAACGCAUGCAUAUACUCAAAUAACUGCCAGUUCUUGCAUUCCGAUGACUCUUCUAUACCAGUAGCGAAAAUGCCGGAAACCUGCAAGUACUGGAAUCAUGGAAAAUGCAAAUUCACUGCAGAAAAGUGUAUGUACCUACAUGAAAACCUCUCGUUGGCCAGAGCCCCAGGGACAGAGGAUUUCCACCGACUUGAGGAUAGGGAAAACGCUGCUCCACCUUCAUUGUCCAAAUCCACAUCAUCCGAUUACCAGAAGAAACCCGCUCCCAAGAAGACAGUAUCUUUUGGGCCAACAGAGUCGGCCACCUUUUUUGAUGAGCCCGAAAUUAUGAGCAACGCAUCGGAGCCUACUGAGGAUUUGACAAAUUUCGACGCAAAACACUCGACAGAAACCAUUGCAAUGCCACCGAAAGUGCUAAAGAAAGUCUCUGUAGACGACUAUAGACGUAAAGGGGCGCUCAAAGUGCUUAAAGAUCGCAGGAAAAUGGUUCUCUUUGGAGGCAGUGGAGAUCAGCAGGCUGUGCCAUUGGAUGUUGGUGAAUUGGGCCCUGAUACAAAAUGGCGAGGAGCCUUUGCUGCACUUUCUGAUAUCAAACUUGACAUCAAAUGUGUGCACGGAGAUAUCAGUACACAGUUUCAGAUCGGAAGGCAUCGUGUUAUUUGGGAUGGUAGUUUGGUGCCCUUUGACAUGGACGACUUUUCUGUUUCAAAUGUGGUUGACAAGGUUGCGAGCCAGAUGAAACUUCUUAGUUCUGGGCUUUUAGCAUGCUUACCAGAGUUUAACAUUCUGGUAUAUCCGAACGCAGCAGAAGAAUGGAACUUUCUUUCCGAAAACCCUUAUCCAGAAGAGGUGAGACUGAGAUACAUACUCUUCUGUAGCGAUUUCGACAUUUCCUCAUUCGAUGCUUUGCGCACAACUGUACCACAAACGUCCCCGAAGGUCAGUCGCGUGUCGUACAGGAAAUCUUUAGUGGAAACAGUGCAUGGACUCUCCAGAGACAGACUGCGGAUUCCUGGAAAGAAAGAGCCCUCUCCCAAUUUCUACUUAAUGUUUCCGACGUACGCAAAAGAUGUCUCACAGUUUUUUGCGAACUACCUAGAAGCAUCUUUUUCGGCUUGUAAAGUCUACAACAGCGACGUAGAAGGAUCUUGGAAAUCCUUCAUCAACCUACCUUCUGGUACGGUCAUCAUUCACGGAUCCAUUGCUGAUGAGUUGGAUGAGUUGCCGUAUUUACAAAGCAUGCUUCGAUCAUCGGGUCGACAAUUUCAAUUCUUUUACGUUACUGGCUUGAAGGGUAACUCUUUAACGUUCCCAUCUCUACUAAGCCCCCUUUACCAGGAUCAGAAUUACAUGAGCAUCGAGGAACCAGCUAACUCAAAUAUUGGGAAAAUUGGACUUGAAAGAUUGUUUCCACAUGGUGGUGUCAUUUUCUUAACCCCUAGUUUUCUGGCUGCUGAACCAGAGCGGACAUACGAGGUGCUUUGCUGGUUCUUCGGGAAAACGGCUGGACAUGGAAAGAUUGAUAAAGCAACUCCAGGUACAUGGAAAAUCGCCUUAUGUUGGGAUUUUAUAGGUUACAUGCACGGGCUUGCCAUUGCUAAGUCUGAGGAGCGCGAUAGGUUUUUAGAGGAGAACCAUGACAACCCCUCAAAAGACGCAGAAGCAUCUGAACGGGGACUUGGAUAUGAAAAUUGCUUGACCAGAUUUAAGAUCCAUGGAUUUCUCAAUGAAGUAUACGCCAGAGGAGAGCUUAAGUCUGUCAAACAGCACAAUUCAUAUGACUCGGAUUGUACGGUAGAUUUCUACAACGAUCCCGUGGUAUGUCUCGGUCAACCUUGGACCGGAGUUGAUCAUGAUGACGAGAAGUUGUUGACAGAGAUGUUUGCAGCAUGGUCACUCAGUCGAUUGGACAUUCUCCGCAGAUUCGUAGUGAUGGGAACUGGCCCGAAAAGCAUCUUGAAGGCCAGACGGCUGAAGUUAGUUGUUGCCGGAACGGAUUGUCCAAGACAAACUCCAUUACACACCCAGACUUCUAGACUAUCCACCUCUGCGAAAGACCCUGAGUUCAGCUUAAACCGGGAACCGGUCAAGACUAGUGCAGUAGGCAUGACGUCGCAGAAGCAGAAUGCUUUAGCAAUUGCUGCUCGACUCGGCUCGCAACAUUCUAAGAAUCCGCCAGAUGUCGGCACAUCCCCAACUUCAAACAAUGCUAAUAACCUAAUGGAUAUCGACUCUGAGAUUCUCCAUCUUAUUGCAAGCGCCAGACCACCAGACACGCGUUUGCGGCUUGUAACCUCUGAUGCUCCUUUCAACGAACCCUAUGCCGCAUCCCCUUCUUCGGGCUCGAUAUCUGCGCGGCCCCGGUUUUCUCCAGCACUUUCGUCAGAGGCUGUUGAAACCCAUAACAGGUUUAGCAAAAAUCCUCGCAGUUCCCCUAAGCCUGUUGUAGCGACUAAUCGAGCUGAUACAACGUUGAGCACACCGGCUUCCAAUGCUGGUUCUAGAGUAGUCAGCAAUGCCGCAAGUCCAGUUCGGCGUUCUUCGCUGGCCGACAUCAUGCCCAUGGACAUUGAUUCCGAUUUGUUAUUUAUGCCACCUGAAACUGAAGGCGAGGCUGACAUGAUGGAUCUCGACACUACAUUACUAUUAGAUGAUGCCAAGGAACAACAGCCUGAAACGGAGUACAAGAUGUUACAGUUCGAAGGCACAAAGACGUGGUAUGAAAGAACGAAGCUAGCACGAGGCGGGCUUAUGUGGGAGCAUUUAGCAGUUAUGUCUCUCGAAGACUGGGGCGCUUUUGGCAAAUGGGUUAGUCUGAAGCACUGA